AUGUUUAGAAAUAAAAGACCUUCACGUUUGCAGUUACCUGAUUCCAUAGACAAAUUAUCAACUCCAGCCAUCUUCUCUUAAAGAACACCAAUUUCAUUAAAAAAUCCAAUAUCUUCUCCUAUUAUGCAUAGGAUCAAAUCUUUUUAGAUUACUACACAUCGCAAAUUACCAGAAAAUAGUUUUGCUUUUGAUGAUCUUGUUAAAACACCAUUUGAUGAAGAAAUCAUGAGUAAUCUAUCUAAGUAACUCAGGAUUUAAACACAGAAGUACUGCCAAUCAGCAUUUACGAUUAGAAUCCAUCUACAAAUUUGUUUAUGAAAAGAAACUCCGUGGAGCCACUAAAUAUCAUAUUAAUCCUAAAUCUCAUUAAUAAGCUUUACCUGUUCCAAAUGGUUCAAUAAGCAUUAUGUUAAAUAAAUAAAAAAAAGAUUAAGGUUUUAGCAUUUCCUAAUUUAAAAAGAAGAUUCCUCCUAAGUCUAAAUUUAAAAUGAAAUGGAAAACUAUUUAAUGGAUAUUAUUGAAUCGAAAAGAUGCAAUUGAAUAAAUCUUUUCUAAUUACUAAAAAAUUAUUCAAAAAGCAAAGGAUAAAAAAGAUGGAAUGAAUAAAGAAGAGUUUUCUGAACUAUUGAAUUCUGUUUAAUUGGGAGCAGAUAGAAACCUUGCUGAAAAAUUAUUUUAUGUUUUUGAUGAAGAUUAAAGUGGUACAGUUGAUUAUAAAGAAUUAAUUGUUGGUUUAGAAGUCUUAAAGGAUGAUACUAUAGAGGAGAAAUUAAAAAGUAACAUAUUUUGUAACACAUUAAGUUUUCUUUGAUUUGUGUGAUCUUGAUGGAUCAGGGAAGAUAAGUGAGAAGGAAAUAUUUAAUGUGUUAAAAUCUAAUAUUGUAUCUGAAAGUGAUAAAUAUCAAUUAAGAUAAAGUAUUAAAGAAAUGAUUAAAAAUUGUGAUUCGAAUGGCGAUGGAGAAUUGGACAAAUAAGAAAUUUUAGUUGCAGCUAGUAAUAAUGCAGUGUUAAGAAGAUUGUUAGAAUAAACAAUUUCAAAUGUGAAAAGAAUUGAUACAAUAAUUUAAAAUGAUUUAGAAGAACCUUUUCAUUAAUUUGUACCAGCUACAGCUCAUUUUGUAUAAUAAAAAGAAGGAAUUCAUUUUCCUACUCAAUAAAAAAUAUUAAAUAUGAUAUAGGAAAUGGAAUCUGUAAUAUAAUUAUUAUUUAAAUAGAUUCAUGAAACAGCUAGAGAAUAUAUUACACCUAGAAAUAAACACAAUUCUUUUUAAAAUAAUCAUAUUUAUUAAGGAUUAUAAGAGACUAAAAACUUAGAGGAUUCUGAAAAUUGA